ACUAAACGACGACCUACACGUCGUCGAAGUUGUGGAAAUGCAAAGAUAGUGAUGAUGGUUGUGAAUGAAUGAACGAUCAAUGUCCUCUCAGGACCAAGCCCUAGUUUCCCUUCUCUCCCAACUCGCACUUUCCUGCGACGGUGCCGUUUUGGGCUUCGCCUUGGCCUACGUCGCCGUUCGCUCUCUUCUCAAAUUCACCGCCUCCUCCGCCGCCCUCCGCAAGCUCCGCCACGCUCCUUCCCUCUCCGUCUCCGACCUCCGAUCCCUUCUCACCGAGACAACCUCCGACGCCGACGGAAACUCCGACGAUGGCAAAAUCGUUAUUAUCCGCGGCACCGUCGACGCUAAAUCCGCCGUCGACGGCAGCUGGAAAACCUUGAGGCCUGGCGUGUUGGUUUCUCGCGAGUCCGGUGACAAAGGCGUCGUCCUUCAACGAACUCAAACGUGUAUAUACAAUGAAUGGAAGGGCUUAUUUGGAUGGACUUCUGAUCUUCGAGCCAUAUUUGCAAGAUCUUGGAGACAACAAGAGUCUACAUCCUUUAGAAAGGUGCCUUUUGUUCUUGUUGAUGUUGGACGGCGGCCAAAUACUGAAUAUGUUGUUGUCAACUUGGAUGGCUCAAGGCAUCCAUUACCUCUGACAACAGUCUAUCAUAAAUUGCAACCAAUAAGUGCUUCUCCUUAUACUUUCUUGCAAGCACUUUUUGGUCAUGAAUAUCCGGUUGGACUACUAGAUGAAGAGAAAAUUCUUCCACUGGGGAAGGAUAUUACUGCUGUUGGCUUUUGCAGUUUAAAAAACGGUAUUACUGAAAUUAAGUCAUGCAAAGAUCUACCAUAUUUUUUGUCUGACUUGAAUAAAGAUCAGAUGAUAAUAGAUCUUUCCUUCAAAACAAAAAUAAUGUUUUGGGGUGGUCUUGUUCUUGGUUCAAUGUCAGUUGGGAUCCUUGGCUAUGCAGUUGUGAGGAACUGGAAUAAGUGGAGGCGGUGGAAGCAACAGAGGCAGCUCCAGCAACAAAGGCAAGCGGUCAGUGACGUUGAUCCUCAGAUGGAUGAUGAAAUUGAAGAUGUUCCAGAUGGACAACUGUGUGUUAUAUGCUUGAUGAGGAGAAGGCGCUCUGUUUUCAUCCCCUGUGGGCAUCUUGUGUGUUGCCAAGGUUGUGCCAUUUCAGUUGAACGUGAAGUGGCACCCAAGUGUCCUGUUUGUCGUCAGGAGAUUCGAGAUUCAGUGCGGAUAUUUGAAUCUUGAACAGGCACAGGCUAGUUGUUCUGUUCACUUUGGCAGUUAACUUUUAUGCAUGCUGAUGAGUUAGAUGAUUGCUUUUUCUUGAAUAGAUCUGGAUUUUUAGAGAAAAGUUGCCUCUCUUAUUUCCUGUGAACACGACUUUAUCUGGGGAAAAUAUGUGAAUAUGGCUUAAAUAGGUUGGUCGAGGUUAAUUUGUAACCUCACUUCUCACUGUAACAGAUCUUUUUUGGAGAACAUUUUAGGAUUUUCAACUUUCCCAAAUGCAGUGUACAUACAUAUUUUAUUUCGUCUAACACCUAUUGAACGAACUCUGAAAUGAUUGUGUAUGUAAUGAUGCUUCUAGACUUUAAAUCUUGUAUUACUCCCGGCUUAAAGAUACGUGUUAUCUCACGAGUUCACCUGUAAAUCCUACUGUA